AGGAGCCACUUCAUCCCCUCGGUGCAUCCAGAAAGACAAUCAGCAAGAGGAAUCCUCCACAGCCUACUGAGCCAGAGAAGUGGUGACUAGGGGCCCCCAGGUGUGAGAGAAAAAGAGCCAGCAUGAGCACAGCAGGCAAAGUCAUUAAAUGCAAAGCAGCUAUUACCUGGGAAAUUAAGAAACCAUUUUCCAUUGAGGAGAUAGAAGUUGCCCCACCAAAGGCACAUGAAGUUCGCAUUAAGAUUUUGGCCACAGGGAUCUGUCGCUCAGAUGAUCAUGUGACAGCUGGUUUACUCACUAUGCCUUUACCAAUGAUUCUUGGCCAUGAAGCAGCUGGUGUUGUGGAGAGUACUGGAGAAGGAGUAACUAGCCUUAAACCAGGUGACAAAGUCAUCCCACUCUUUGUCCCACAGUGUGGAGAGUGUAUGCCUUGCUUAAAAUCAAAUGGCAAUCUAUGCAUUAGAAAUGACCUUGGGUCACCUUCUGGAUUAAUGGCUGAUGGAACCAGCAGGUUUACCUGCAAAGGAAAAAUGAUCCAUCACUUUAUAGGUACGAGUACCUUCACGGAAUACACAGUUGUACAUGAGACGGCAGUUGCCAGAAUAGAUGCUGCUGCUCCUCUGGAGAAAGUGUGUCUGAUAGGCUGUGGAUUUUCUACUGGCUAUGGGGCUGCAGUAAAAACUGCUAAGGUGGAACCUGGUUCUACCUGCGCUGUCUUUGGUUUGGGAGGAGUUGGGCUCUCCACCAUCAUGGGCUGUAAAGCAGCUGGAGCUUCCCGGAUCAUUGGAAUUGACAUCAACAAAGAUAAAUUUGCCAAGGCCAAGGAGCUAGGAGCCACUGAGUGCAUCAACCCACUGGACUGCAAGAAACCCAUUCAGGAGGUGCUGUCGGAGAUGACUGGUGGUGGUGUGGACUAUUCAUUUGAAGUAAUUGGACGCAUUGAUACCAUGACAGCUGCCCUGGCAUGCUGCCAAGAUAACUAUGGAACCUCUGUGAUUGUCGGGGUGCCCCCUGCAUCAGAAAAGAUCACUUUCAACCCCAUGAUGCUAUUCACUGGACGUACCUGGAAAGGGUCUGUUUUUGGAGGCUGGAAGAGCAAAGAGUCUGUUCCUAAACUGGUUGCAGACUACAUGGAAAAAAAAAUUAAUUUGGAUGGAUUAAUAACCCACACUUUGCCGUUUGAUAAAAUCAAUGAAGGAUUUGAGCUGCUGAGAACAGGGAAGAGUAUUCGCAGUGUUCUGACGUUUUAAGAUCCCAGACUCCUAAGAAGCAUGUGAGCUACCAACAGCAUGCCACGGCUUAUCUAAAAUGUCUUCUCCUACGAUCUCUAUACAGCUUUAUAACAAAAUAUUUGUGGGAAAACCAUUCAUUACAGCUGACUAACAUGGAACAAAGCAGCACUUUAAGCAUCCAGAGAGAUUUUGGAAUAAUAAAGAAAAAGGAAACCAGCUAGCAGCAGUGGCUGGACAGGAGGGGGGCAGCCCCCCCCAACAGCCCCCACAACUACCCCUACUAGGGCUUGGGGGAACUGGCCCAUGCCCAUGUGGUGGGGGGGGACCGUCCUUCUCUCCCACACAAGCACAAUGUUGACAGCGGCAGCCAUAGCUCCUGCGCCCAGAGCUGGGGUGGGGAGGGGGGAAUGGAGCCCCCCCAGCUCUUUAACCCAGCCCGGCCGCCGCAAGACCCCAGCAAGGGUAGCCAGGCCAGGCCCAUGAGGUGGGGGGCUCCAUUUCCCCCCCUGGACCAGCUCCAGGAACAGCAGCGAUGGCUGCUUCUGUCAAGAUACUUGAGCAGGGGUGGACAGGAAAGGGAGCACCCCCACACAGCAGUGGUAGCUGGGGGAGGACACCUGCGGUGGGGGCCUGCUUUCUCCCACUACCCCUUGCCCAGCUGUGGAGGAAGAAGACAGAGGUUUUCUUUUCCUCUCUCUGACAGCUUCAGGGGUGGGGCUAGGCCAGUGCUUGCCUGUGCCAGCACCAGCUCAGCUGCAGAAAGUAGUACGGGAAGUGGGUGGAAUCAUCUGAAAUUAACCCUUAUAGCAUACCUGUACACAGAUUCCCUAAGAUACUCUGCCCUAGAGCACCCCUGUAUGAUACUACAUCAAAUGUGGGUUACAUUUUCACAUGAUCAGCCAUUUUAAAAGUGCUCUGCUGCUGUGAAUGUUUGUUGUGUUACGUCUACAGAGCAGUAUCAGGGGCCUCGUCGUGCAAAAAAAUGUAACUUCUGUACACGCCCAAAGUCAUCGCAAACCUACAUAGUGGAAGAUGCUUAGCCACAACUUACGUUUCUGUAUUAGACCUUUUAACUUUUAUAACUCUGAAACCAAUAUAUGUUGUUAAAAAAUAAAUCACCGGACUAUCUGUAUAUGCCUCAUACUCCUGCUUAUUUAGAUUAAUUUCUGUUCCUUGAGGUACAUGGUUUUGGACAACCAUUUGAUUUUAUUUAGAGAACUUGUGUAUGUGCCAAAACUUUUUGAAAAUAAAGUAAAUGAGUGAAUAGUU